AUGCCCGCAGAGGACGAGGUGAGGCAUUGAUAGACAUGUCGCGUGUCUACCGACGAGUACUCACGCCUUCACGCAUUCACGCACCUCGCUCACUCUUGCUCUCAGUUCGGUGCACUUCGAGCUCGAGCCGCUGCUAGAACACAAGCCUCGCAAGCUACACUAGCAGCAGAGCGAGCCCGGAAAGAUGCUGCUGAGCGCAGCAAGAGAGAGGCAGCCCAAGUGCUUGAGCAAAGAAAGCAAAAGGCGGAAAGGGAAGCAGCUGUGAGGGCAGAGCAGAGAAAGAGAGAUGAUGAAAUUCAUAGGAGGAAGCUGGAAGAGGCGAGAGCUGCUGCCAAGACCGAGAGAGCGGAGCGGGAGAGAAAACUGGCAGAGGAGAAAGCAAGGGGCAAGAGGACCGCAGCAAAGGUGUGUGCGAUCACCCCUCCUCAGCCACUUUGCACAAUCGCCGUCGCAGCCUAAAUUCUCAGCUCUGCUCCUCACAGUCCAAUGCAGCCUCUUCAUCGCUCCGACAAGACUUGAUCGAUUCAGCAAAGGGUACUCGCUCGGGAAGCACCACAACCCUGACCAGAGAGGAACAGCGCGCGCGCAAGAACCAAGCCAUGUGGGGCGAGCCAGCGAAAAAGUCAAAAAAGAAGCCACCCGCUCCUCCCGUGUCGAAGCGUUACUCAAUGACGCCAGGAAGAUCGCUGCAUAUCUCAUCAGCCCCCGUCGGCAACAGAAAGAAUGAGAUGCUGGCCAUUGGUGUUGGUCGUCAGACCUACCGGAGCAUCGAAGACGUGGAGCGCGAACUGAAGGCUGCUCGAGCGAGCGAUGAUCCCGCGCUUGUGAGAGAAGCCCUGCGCAAGCAGACGGAAUUGGAGACGCUCGAGCGCAGGCGAAAGGCAAUGGAGAAAAAGCGCCUGAUGGAGAGUGGGAGAAAACCGAACCAGUCGGAUGAUAGUCUAUUUGGCAGUGACGACGAGGAACAGCCGGAUCACAAGAGAGCCUUGAAAUCGGAGCUCAAGGCAAAGAUUGGCAGCACCUCUUCUGACAAACGUGAGGCUCGAGCAGCCUCCGACGAUCGCCCUUCGAAAUCGCUGGCGACGAAAUCUUACGGUGUCAACCCAGCAGACUUUCUUCCCGGUGCACCUUCUCGUCCGCUGUCCUCUACAGGCGCCGCCGCGAAAUCGCAAAAGCCUUCGGAUGAUGAGGUUCGCAAGACAAAGCAGAAGCUGGCCGUAGGCGGCUCUAGGAAUGCGGGCAGACAGACGUUACCUGUGCCUGAGAAAGUCUCCAUCCCAGCCCGCGAGACUCCUAGAGAAAAGUUCAUUCGUGAAGAUGCGGAAAGGAAAGCGCUACGGAGAGAGGCACAGAAAGCUGCUGGCAUGGUCCACGGACGGCCCAAGGCUGGUCGCUCCCAGAGAUACGAAGAGAGUGAUGGUGAGAGCGAGAAGGAGGAUUCUGACGACUACGAGUCGGAUGGGAGUGAAAGCGAGAGCGGCGCAUCUGCGGGCAGAUACAGAAAGAAGAGCAAGCGAGACGAUGUGCGCUCCCAGGUCUGGGCUGCGCUCGGUAUGGAUCGUAGCAAGUGAGUGCUGACUCAUCAUCUCGAUGACGUCGAAUGGCGCGCUAAUCAAUUCUGACCUGAAUGCCAGGUACGAGAGCCGAGAUGUCUACAGUGACGAUGACGAUAUGGAGGCUGACGCAGCGAGCGUCUAUGCCGAAGAGCUGAGGAGCGCGCGUCAAGCAAGAGAAGAAGACCGUAGAGAGGAAGAGCUGGAACGAAAGCGGGAAUUGGCAAAGGCAGCCAAGAAGCGUGCUAGAGAGGACCGUCGCUGA